CGUUACGUCAUCGCGCCGUGACCCGGAAGUUCCUCUGUUAUUUCUUGACACGUAGCGAGCGGCGUUGGCGGAGUCUCUAGCGGUUACCAGUCCUGCUUGCAAUGUCAGGGUUUGACAAUUUCAACACAGACUUUUAUAAGUCUAGUUACAGUGUAGAUGAUCAGAGUCAAGAAGGCUAUGCCUACACUAACCAAGAUGACCCCUACAACAGGCAGUAUGGUCAGUACGAUUACUCGCAGCCCAUGGGUUACUCGGCGGGUCCAGGUAUGAUGCCGGACCAGCAGGCAUACACGGGGCAGAUCUUUCAGCCCACGCCAGCCUUCACGCCCACCGCCUCACAGUCCAUGUACAGCAGCAGCUUUGAAGACGAGCCCCCUUUACUGGAGGAGUUGGGGAUCAACUUCGACCACAUCUGGCAGAAGACGCUGACCGUCCUGCACCCAUUAAAAGCAGCAGAUGGCAGUAUAAUGAACGAAACAGACCUGGCUGGUCCCAUGGUGUUCUGUCUGGCUUUUGGUGCAACGCUACUUUUGACGGGUAAGAUUCAGUUUGGUUAUGUGUACGGCAUCAGUGCCAUCGGGUGUUUGGGUAUGUACUGCCUGCUCAACCUCAUGAGCAUGACGGGCGUCUCAUUCGGGUGUGUGGCCAGUGUGCUCGGUUACUGUCUGCUGCCCAUGAUCAUCCUGUCCAGCUUCGGAGUCCUGCUUUCUUUACAGGGCAUGUUGGGUAUUAUUCUUACAGCCGCCAUCAUCGGUUGGUGCAGUUUUUCGGCCUCAAAGAUUUUCAUCUCUGCUUUGGCCAUGGACGGACAGCAGCUGCUGGUGGCUUACCCCUGCGCUCUGCUCUACGGGGUCUUUGCUCUCAUCUCUGUGUUUUGAACUCUGGACCUCUUUUAAUGGACAAAAUGACCACCUGUACACAACACACACAAACAACCCUUUAUUCAAGGACUGCUUUUUGUGUAACACCCACCACACACCUCUCCUAACGGAGUGCGUUUUUCACCCUCUGCGAGAAUGUGGCAUUAAUUUAGUCUCCUUUGGUUUUUUCUGGCCCACCUACUCGGAGAAUUGUUUGUGCUUGUUAUGUAACGCAGGUUAAUACUCGGCUCUUGAGGUGCGUUUUCUGUUCUGUUGUUCGCUGCAAAUCAGGCGCGUUCGACAAAGCCAGAAAAUGUCAAAUGAAGUGCGCGUGUCAAAGAGAAGAAUGUGUAAUCCGUGUGAAGGGCACAGCUCUCCUCCCACACAAAGACUUCAGUGCUUUUGUGUUUUUCCAGGCAAAUAUCUCACUCCAGAACAUCCUUUGCAAGGUACACUUACUAGACUGUAGUUUCAUUUCUUGAGUUAAAAUUUUUCAUCACAUUCCUGAAUUGCUGUCGAUUGUUCGGCCUGUGCUCUUUCAUACGCUUGGGUCAGUAGAGUGCCUACAUGAAGAUCUCAUAUUAUGUAUUAGUCAAAUUGAAACUAAAGAGGGAACAAAAUGAAGCUUUUGUUGAUAACUUAUUUUAGUUUGGUAAAUAUUCAUUUAAAUUGAACUGUAAUACUGUGCAUCGUUUGUAAUGGAUUGGUUUCUAAAUGCAUUUACCCCAUCACACAAUCUCACAGCUGUUCUUCUCUCCGGAUUGAAUUCUGUCUAUAUAUUCUGAAUAUACUUCUAGUUGAAAAUGUCAUUUUUUCUUUCUUAAAAAUCAACAUGAAAAUGGAAUGUAAUCUUAUAAACAUUCCUUAUUGAGCAUGAAUCAUCAGUGCACAUAAUUUCAAGAAAUCUUUGGUUUCAUAAUUUUACAUGAAAAUCGUAUGCCUGCCUUUUGUGUUAUUUAAAGGUGCACACGGUAAUGUUUUCCUAAUGUUUUAUAAGUAUAUGAUAAAAUAUUUCCCACAGCAAACUGUCACGUGAGCUUAAAGGGGUCAUGUGGCACGAAUCCAUGUUUUUCUGUGUCUUUGGUGUGUUGGACACGUAAAAUGUGUCGGAACAAAAGAUGCAUUCUAUCUAAAAGCGAAUGCUCACCCAGACCUGCCUGAAACGCCUCGUGUAACCACACCCCCACAAAUCUACGUCAGUUCGUUUUAUGAGUUGACUAAGACCGCCAAAAUGUAUACGCAAGUAAGGUGGGCGUACCUGUCAGUACAAUUGCUUUGGAACCUGAUGUUCCAAAUAUGGUAAGAGGCGUUACAUUUCUAUCACACGCUUGCAGUAUUCGACCAAUCACAACGCACUGGUUAACUGGCCAAUCAUAGCACACCUCGCUUUUCAGAGCGAUGAGCUUUGUAAAGAAUCCGCGCGUUUCAGAGAGGUGGGGCAAAGAGGAGAUACAAACAUGCACGGUAUGUGGAAAAUACAGCGUUUUUUAACCUUAAAUCGUGUAUACACCUUGCAUUACAUCUAAAACAAACCAUAAUAUUCGUUUUAGCUGUGUGAUAUGACCCCUUUAAGUAAUUAAAUUUAAUUUGAUAUGGUGCUUUGCACAAUGUUUGUGAUAAAGCAGCUUUACAGAAAUAUUUACAUUAGAAAUAAUCACAUGUUUAGUAGCCUGAUUAAAACGUUUAUUUUAUAUGGAGCAGGUGCUCCAAACAUCAUGCAACUUUCACUAGGGGUCAGUAUAGUCCCAGAAAACAAUGUAGACAAGAAAUUGAGUGUUUCCUUUAAAGGGAUAUUUCACCCAAAAAUACAAAUUCAGUUAUUUAUUCUCCCUCAUGUUAUUUAAAACCUGUAUGACUCUUCUGUGUACCACAAAAGAAUAUAUUUUGAGACAUGUCUCAGUGGGACAAUGUAAAUCAAUGGGGUCAAUUUCUUUAAAAUAUCUUCCUGUUGUGUUCUGCAGACGAAAGUCAAACCGUUUUGAAAUGACAGGUUGACUAAAUGAUGUUUGAUUAUGUGAAAAAGAUCACUUUUUGGGUGAACUAUCCCUUUAAGCAUUGUAACGUGUUACUAUUUGUAUAUUUAAAUGAAAGGUUUGUGCUGUGCUCCAGACAUAGUCCGGGGAAGAUGAACAAUUUAAAGCAUUUCAGUCAAUUUAAAGUCCCAUUAUAAAGAAAACAAUGCGGUCCAAUGAGAUGAACAACCACUUAUUCUGAAUGUAGAUUUGUAGUAUGUUAUCAUUUGUCGUACAAUAUAAACAUGUAAAAGUUUACUUAUAAGUUUUUGGAGUGACAUUUAAGUUGUUAUUUACAAGUAUAGAAUAAUUCUGAGUUGUCUAAAGCAGGGGUUUUCAAACUUUGCGAGUACAAUAGGAUGAACCUUUUGUGAGGACCCCCAUCCUCAAAUGUCUAAGACAACAUAUUAAAUAACUGGCUAUAAUAAGAGCAAUGUUGAAUGUAUAAACCCGAAGAAAAACAUUUUCACUUCAAAUGUAUUUGUACUGUAGCGAUUUUCAUUACAUCUUUGCAAAGAAAAAGUAUGGAAAGUAUAUUGUAUGUACCAAGCAAGAAGAGAUAAACAAAUAAAUAAAAACACUUCUAAAUGA